AGAGGAGGGCAGAGACACGCGGGGCCGUGCGCCCCGGCAGGACGCGUCUGGUCGGCCGGUCGCCUCCCUGCUUCACACCGGUUCGUCGUGUGGAUCCCUCCGAGGCCCCGGACCGAGCCACUGCCCCUCUGGAGGGAACCAUGCAGGACAGGAGGAGGCGUCGUGCUGACGAGCAGUGUGCGGUGCUCCGUCACUGGACCAGGACCAGGACCAGGACAGACCGACCCAACAGGGACUUUGACGAUGUAUCAUAUUUGACCCAAUGAGAGACUCCAUGUUUCAUGAACUGCAUAUUAUUAACUCAUCGUCUGCCACAUUACUGGACCUUUUACUCAACUGCAAAACAUAACAGAGCACUUGACACAAACGUGUAGUCCCACCACAUUGGAAUGAAAAGACUUUGAAUUGACAGAUUCAUCUUCUCUUCUUUUUUUUUGGGGGGGGGGGGGGGGGUGUAUAUAUGAGAAAAGCUUUUGACCAGAUUCGAAAUUAAUAUUUAAUGGCACUUCUGCAGCUGCGUCACAUUUGAAUGCUGAUCAUACUUCUUGACCACAGUUUCAGCACAUUUGACCUUUUUUCCUCACUCAUAUUUUUAUACAAAUGUUUUACAAGCUGUAUAUUUUCCUAUAUUUCUCUCCGUCAUUUUUGUGAAAGUGUGUGUGAGCAGGAGAUCAAAAGAGCUGAGCUGUCAUGAGGCCAUUGUGUGUGUGUGUGUGUGUGUUCACGUGCUAAAAGAAAGGAAAAAUUUUACAGAAACAGUUAAAAUAUUUGUUUCUAUACUGAUGACAAUAAUUUAUUAGUAUUUUUUGUUGAUGGUAGUAUUAAUUUCAAAAUCUGUUUAGCAUUUAGCAAUUUAUUGACUCAGCAUUUGACAGAGACCUGAGUAUGAUUCAUCAGUUUAGUCAUUUUUAAGCAGAAAUCUCAAAACAUUUGUGUUAUGUCACGUCAUCAGACAAAACACACGGUUUAAAAAUGUCCCUCUUGGAUUGGGAAGAAAAUGAUAACAGACAUGUCGUCAUUUAAUACACGAAACAAAUUCAACCUUUAAUCACAGAGAAGUCUGCAGAUUGAAUGGAAAAUGAAAACACGCUAUUUGUUGCAGUCCUAAUAUAUUAUGAUUUUUCUUUUUUAUUAUUCAGCCACAUGCAAGUUUUACUUUGCUCAGUGGAAAUACAUGUUUUUAACUCAUGUUCAUUUUCAUGUCAAUUGUACCAUAUGUUAAAUCACAGAUCUUCAUCAGCCACGAUAAACAUAAUCAUAAUUCUCACAUCUGAAAAUAAUGACAUCCACUCUGUUAACAUGGGCAAAAAUAAUUUGACUAUAUUGAUCUUAUCCUGAAUAAGACAUUAUUAACAGCACAAUGUUGACAUGAGUUGCAAACAAUGUAUUUCAUAUUUGUGUCAGAACAAAGUCUGAUUAUGACAUUGAACACUUGGUAACUGCUGGACAUGUACAUGUGGAUACAAUGCUGCAAAAACUCCUAUAGGAUAUUAAGACGUAUUCAUAUUUACAAAAUCUGACUAAAAUCUGAAUACUCUCAAACGUCUUAAUUUGAUUAUUGCUUAUCCUGAGUGUGACCUUAUUUAGGAUGAGGUAAUCUUAUAAUGAUGUUUACAUGGAACUGUCUUAUUCACACUAUUGUCUUAAUGAAUAUUGCUGCCUAUGUUAACACGAGAUCACUACGUGUGUCCAUAGGACGACAGAGAAACCGUUAUGACAAACCGCCCAAGCUGGAUCUCUGCAUAUUUCCACAUUUUAAUUUUGAAAUAUAGGAACGUAUCAUGAGCGACAGCACAAUGUUGACUGACAUGAUAAAAGUCUUAAACAUUUA